AUGGUCAACGGCCGCCUCGGCCCAGGACCUCCAGCGCCACGAGCGGUGUGGGGAGAAUGGGCGCUGGCGCUCCACGGGCAGACCCGGGCCUCCCUCGAGGCCCUUGACCUCUGUGGUCUGCUGACGACAUCCCCGUCCUCGUCCGGCCACUUUGCGCUCAAGUCGGGGUCCCCCGCGCGGGUCCAGCUGUGGACACUCAGCAGUGGUGCGGGCAGCACAAAGAAGCACCGGGACCUGGCCAAGGCCAUUCUGCGGAGGAAAGGCAUGCUGGGCGCCUCGCCGAACUGCGCCGACGCUCCUGGGAAAAGCUCAGUGAAAUUUAACAAGGGCUACACGGCUCUUAGCCAGAGUCCAGAUGAAAACCUGGUGUCCCUGGACUCCGACAGCGAUGGAGAGCUCGAAUCCCGCUACUCCUCUGGGUAUUCCUCUGCCGAGCAGGUGAACCAGGAAGUGAGCCAGCAGCUGCUCCGGGAUGGGUACCACCUAGAUGAGAUCCCAGAUGAUGAGGACUUGGACCUGAUCCCCCCCAAGCCCAUGACCUCCUCGGCUUGCUCCUGCUGCUGGUGCUGUCUGGGAGACACAUCCUCCUGCACCCUCCAGUAGAUGAAACCCCGAUGCCGGUGGCCUGCAGAGCCCUUCAUGAUUCCAAGUGUGUGGUGGGGACGCUGCCCUGUCAACCCCACGCUCAAUGGGGCACAGAGACUCCCCUGGGCAGGUCAGCAACUGGCAGAGCCCUUGUCUGGUGCUGCUGGGGCCAGGGGCCCAGGGCCCCACCUGGUCCACAGUGGAGUCUGCUGGUCCCCUCGUCUGCUCGAACAAUAUGGAGAAGCCCCUUGAAGAACAGAAGACGGAGGAUUUUGGGUUCUUGUGGGUGACAGAGUGGCUAAGAAAAACACCCACAGACAUCGUGACUGCUAUUUAUCCUUAGACUGGGGGGCCAGCAGCAGCGAGAACCAAAACAGCCUUCGUGCCUAGGCUGGCUGGACAGUGGCACCUGGGGAGUUUUGGAAAGGAUUUGAUUACUAGGGACCAGUUCAGGAACCCCUGGCCUGGAUUGAGUCCUCUAAAGGGGGCCCAGUGGGGAAGAGCCUCAAGUCUGCCUCACCUCAGGGUGGGCCUGCAGGUCUGAGCAGGGCCCGGAGGACCACAGGUUACUUCCUGGAAUCCGGGAACCUGGUGUCUUCCCAGGUGCUCAGUCUGGCUAGGUGUGGUGAAUGCUCGGAGCCUCCUCAGAGGAAAACUGUGUUUCCCACAUUGCAGAUUGAGUUGUGCUGCCUGCCUCGUGGUGGCCAUUCCCACUUGACCCAGUCAGUGUGUGAGCUAAGGGAGAGGGCUGGCCCCAUGCGCCUGCGGUUUUUGUGGUCACCAGCAGAGGGAGCUGCAGGAAGCAUGCUGGUGCAGCUGUGUUGCUUUGGCCAAGACUGAGGCUCAGAGGAUGAGAGGGAACUAAGCCAGCUCCUCCCCUCCACCAGCAAGGAGCCACCUUGUCUUCAGCCCUCCUGACCCCUUAGCCAGCAGGGGGCUACCUUCCAGGGCAGCAGGGCCUCAGGCCCUUCGCUAGCCAGCUUCCCUGGCUGUGCCGGGCCUCGAGGAUUUGGUUUUCGGCGGUUCCUCCUUUACCUCACCCAGGAUUGAGGGUUUUCACUCGAAGUGGGCCCCUGCAAAAGGGUGCUAUAUGUCCUGUGGUGGCUUUGAGGCAUGGGGGAGGGCAUGGACUUCUUAUUCUGUCGCACGGGAUCUAUUUGGAAAACUGACUCAGCUAGGUAGGGAAAUAGGGCCUCAUCCUUGCCAGACCACUUUCCCCAUAGGGGUGACCCUAUCAGUGCUUGCCUGACCCCUAUCUUUGUACUUUGCUCAAAUUGGGGGAGGUGGAGGGGCUGUAGGUACCCAGGGGGGCUGGCCUACAGGACUGCCUGAUCACUGCAGCAGGGAGGGGACAGAGACAGGUCAGGUUGGGGCCCAGGAGUUGGGAAGGCAGCUAGGCGUUUAUUCUGUUGUGGAAUAGGCCCCAUGGGCUCGCACCAUGCUCAGGCUCUGAAGGUCUCUGGAGCACACCUCCAUCCUGACCACGUGGCCCCUGCUCAGGGACCAUCUCCAGGCAGAGGUAGAGAGGUGCACCUGAGGAUAGAGCUCAUGGAAGACUGUGCUGGAGGGGAACACACACUGUGGAAGCCAGUCUCCUGGGGGGGAAGCUAGCUAGGGCUCGGCUGCUGGGGGUGAGGGUGAGAGCAAGACCCCCAGGCCAAGGCCCUCUGGGCACUGUGGCUGUAACAACGCGGGUGCUGGGCUGGAGCUGUCUCUGGAGAGGGUGUCGCAGAGCUGGCUGACCCCAUGUGGGAGGCAUUUCCUGUGUGGGCUACGCUACAGGGCCCGGGAGCUGACUACAGCAGGGCAGGUGGAAUGGUUCGUUCUUUGAGGCCAACUGCCACAGGUCCAAAUACCAACCAAAAAGGCACCAAGGUGCCCAGAGCCAAACUGCCUUAAUUCAGGGUGCUGGGUGUUCCACAGGUGAUGGUCCCCUGGGGAGAAGGGGGGGCACCUGAGCUGACUUGACGGAUGGGGUGGCAGUUAACAUUUAUAUAGUAUCCCACAGAAGCCUGGCUCAUCCUGUAGCUGUCAGUUGAUGAGAAUAAAUGCCAUCAUGCUACAAGA